ACUGACUGCUUCCAGCACCUAGUCUGCACUCCAAUAGGAAGCCCUUCUCAGUACAAUUUAGGAAUGGGGACAGGGAUCAUGGCAGUGUCAUCUGGAAAGAUGACCUGGGGACUUUGACUCAAGUCACAGCAUGAUCCAGGUCCUGACUUCAUUCCCUCAGUCCCACCCAGUCUUCUCCAAGGUCCUCUUCUCUCUCUUGUUUUCUGGUUCCCUUUGUCACGCUCCCACUCCCCAUCUCUGCCCACUCCAGCCAGACUCAUCUUCAGGAAACAGGCCCAGUUGCCAUGGUGACCAGCUGGUCAGCUGGCUCCUUCCACAGCCCCCUUUUUUCUCUGGGCUUCCAAGGAGGGGUAAUGCAUGUGUAUGGAGAAAGGGGAGGUGGUCUUUUAUCUCUUGAAAGCUCUGGGGUUGGCCAAAAGAAGUUGAGCUAUCUCUCUUCCAAAGCCCCCUGAAGUGGAGCCAGGAAGGCAGUGGGGCUGGAGGACAGGAGGAAGAUUAGAACAACUAAAUGGGGAGUGUGAAGAUCCUAUCUGGGUUAGGAAAGUCCAGGAUUUGGACCUCUGCUCUCUAUCUGCAGUAAGUACUGAAUUAGGUGAAAUGAACUGAAACCAGAAGAGGAGUUAGAAUUAGUUGUGGGCAGGACUUCUCAAAAAUUAUGGGUAGGAGAGAGACGUUGAAAUGAGCCAGCAAGUGAGAUUCCUCCUCUGCCAUGGGGAUGAAGGAGAACUAUGCCUUUUGGGACCAUACUCUCCCUUGGUUUGGGCAGGGAGGAUGGACUCACUGACCUGGGGAAGAUCACACAGGCUGGGUAGUACUGAGGUGACAGGCAGACUGAGAGCCCCCUUCACCUUCCCUGGAAAGAGAAGAGUAGCAACAUGGAGACAGGACCAAGAGUAGAGGGGUGGGUGUGUGGGUGAAGGCAGAGGCUCUUCUGCCCCAGAUGAGGGGCAGGACUGUCGGCAGAGCAGUGGGCUUGUCCUCUAUUCCCAAAGAUCAGAUAUCCAGGUUUUGCCUCAAGCUGACCUACGACCCCUGAAGAUCCCCAUGGACUUUUGAAUGGGAAAGGUCUGGAUUCUAGGACCACUCUGUGAGUAUCAGCAGGUGACCUUGAGUAAGCCCCUCACCUCCUCUCUGCCUUGGUUCCUUGUGGGUAAAUGGGGAAAGCCACUAUAUGUCAAAGACUAAUGUAGCAUAUGACACACAACAGCCUUCCUUGGGGCUGUGCACACAGAUGGAUCAAGCACAGCCUUCAUCUUAUUCUUUCAUAAUGACAGGCUUCCACGUCCUUCUUCCCCGUUAGACUUUGUGCUCCUUGAAGAUGGGAAAUUGUAUUUUGCCUUUCUAUACAGGGCACAGUAGGUUCUUAAUACUUUUUUAUUGAAUGGGUGCAUUCAGGAAUGAAUGAAUGGCAGCUUUCUUUCUGCCCCUAACUGGGGUGGGAAAGAGCACUGUGGGUGGAUGACAUGAAGGGACAGGCGACCUGCAAUCACUCAGCCUGGCCUGUGACCUAUGACUUGGCCUCCUACACCCAAAGUCAGAGCUUUAGAGAUUGUUCAGUCAACUUUCUCACUGCACAAAUGGGGAAACUAAGGCUCGGAGAGGGGAAGGCAUUUGCCCAAGGUCACACAGCUAAUGACAGAGACAGGAUUAAGAAUCUCUUUUCAGGUUUCCUGAUCUCCGGUCUAGGGCAAUAUACACACUUCAUUGCUUCUCUGGGGCUUUUCUUCUAGGAUAGAGAGCUAGUUCAGUGGAGGCUGGUUUCAAUAUCCUCUUUUCUGCCCUCUGCUAGUCCUUCCUCACAUCCAGCUCCGAUCCGUUCCUUUUCAGCCUUUCCCAACGUUGUUCAGCUCGGUCCGGCCUCUAAAGUCUGGCUCAUGCCUUAACCCUUUACCAUCCAACUGGGAAUGAGGAUCUUGCCUAGGGUUCCCAAACUCAAUUUCCUCUCCCCACCCUCAGCCCUGGGAACUUGCGAGAACCAACGGUGGGGAGGGAUGUUAGCUGGCCGCUGGCGCCCCCUCCGUGAAUAGACGGAGAGUUUGGGCUUAGUUUCUCCUCCUCGGAAGAAGGAUGGCGGGGAUGCGGGUAGUGAGCGGGGCUGGGAGAGAGGAAGGGGUGCCGGGAGCCCCUGUUGCUUGUCCCCUUUGGGGUGGCUGUUAGGUAGGCUUGGGGAAGGCGGAGUUUGGGGGGCCGGGGGCGGGGCUCCUGUGCUGGGAGGAAGAGGGGGGGCGCGCUGGCUCCAGCUCCGCUCAGACAAAAGGCGGCGGCGGGAGCGGGCGGGAGGCGGAGCGGCGCCGCGAGGGCCUCAAGGUGACACCCGCCCCCGGCCCCGGCCCCCCCAGCCCGGCCCCCAAGCCCGCCUCCCCAUCCCCAUCCCCAAGCCCCUUACCCGUGGUGCCCUUUCCAGGCCCCCUCCCCCCGGCGGGGGGUGGGGAGCAGCGAGGGCCCCGCCCCCUUUGCCCCCCUCCCCAGGGCCGGCGCAGGAUGCCCCCGGCCCCCGGCAGCCCCCCGGGAGGCCCUGAGCUCGACGCGCCCCCUCUACGCCAUGUCCCCCCCUGGCUCGGCCGCGGGAGAGAGCGGCGGCGGUGGCGGCGGCGGCGGUGGCGGCCCCGGGGUCCCGGAGGAGCCCACGGCGGCGGCGGCUACGGACGAGGGCCCCGCCCGAGAGGAGCAGCGUCCCAUCCAGCCCUCUUUCACCAAGUCCCUCUGCCGUGAGUCCCACUGGAAGUGCCUGCUGCUCUCGCUGCUCAUGUACGGCUGCCUGGGGGCGGUGGCCUGGUGCCACGUCACCACGGUGACCCGCCUCACCUUCAGCAGCGCCUACCAGGGCAACAGCCUCAUGUACCACGACAGCCCUUGCUCCAACGGCUAUGUCUACAUCCCCCUGGCCUUCCUGCUCAUGCUGUAUGCCGUCUACCUGGUGGAGUGCUGGCAUUGCCAAGCCCGCCACGAGCUGCAGCACCGGGUGGACGUGAGCAGCGUGCGAGAGCGCGUGGGCCGCAUGCAGCAGGCCACGCCCUGUAUCUGGUGGAAGGCCAUCAGCUACCACUACGUCCGCCGCACGCGCCAAGUCACCCGAUACCGCAAUGGAGAUGCCUACACCACCACCCAGGUCUACCAUGAGCGCGUGAACACGCACGUGGCCGAGGCUGAGUUCGACUACGCGCGCUGUGGCGUCCGCGAUGUGUCCAAGGCGCUGGUGGGGCUGGAAGGCGCGCCGGCCACACGACUGCGCUUCACCAAGUGCUUCAGUUUCGCCAGCGUGGAGGCCGAGAACGCGUACCUGUGCCAGCGCGCGCGCUUCUUCGCCGAGAACGAGGGCCUGGACGACUACAUGGAGGCGCGCGAGGGCAUGCAUCUCAAGAACGUAGACUUCCGCGAGUUCAUGGUGGCCUUCCCCGACCCGGCCAGGCCGCCCUGGUACGCCUGUUCGUCCGCCUUCUGGGCCGCGGCGCUGCUCACGCUGUCGUGGCCGCUACGCGUGCUGGCCGAGUACCGCACGGCCUACGCGCACUACCACGUAGAGAAGCUCUUUGGCCUGGAGGGCCCGGGCUCGGCGGGUGGCAGCGCCGGCGGCGGCGGCCUCAGUCCCAGCGACGAGCUGCUGCCGCCGCUCACGCACCGCCUGCCGCGGGUCAACACGGUGGACAGCACGGAGCUCGAGUGGCACAUCCGCUCCAACCAGCAGCUGGUGCCCAGCUACUCGGAGGCAGUGCUCAUGGACCUGGCGGGGCUGGGCGCGCGCUGCGCUGGGGGCGCGGCCGGGGGCUACGCCCCCACCUGCCGCUACGGCGGAGUGGGUGGACCGGGAGCGGCGGGCCUGGCCCCGUACCGGCGCAGCUGCGAGCACUGCCAGCGCGCCGUCAGUAGCUCGUCCAUCUUCUCGCGCAGCGCCCUGAGCAUCUGCGCCAGCCCGCGGGCCGCCCCCGGGCCCGGAGGAGUUGGGGCGGGCUGCGGGGGCAGCCGCUUCUCACUCGGCCGCCUCUACGGCUCCCGGCGCAGCUGCCUGUGGCGCAGCCGGAGCGGGAGCGUCAACGAGGCUAGCUGCCCUACCGAGCAGACGCGACUGUCCAGCCAGGCCAGCAUGGGGGACGACGAGGAGGACGACGACGAGGAGGAGGCCGGGCCGCCGCCGCCCUACCACGACGCCCUCUACUUCCCGGUGCUCAUUGUGCACCGUCAGGAGGGGUGUCUGGGCCACAGCCACCGGCCGCUGCACCGCCACGGCUCCUGCGUAGAGACUUCACUGUGACCCCGGGUCCCGGGACCGGCCCGACGGUCUCCUUCCCUGCCCCUUGCCGGACGGCGCGUCCCGCGGGUGGGGUAGGGGGAGUCACCAGUGUGGCCUAGGCCGUGCUGGGAACGGUGGGAGUGGGGAGGUGGGAGGCGAGGGGGCGUGGGCCAGACUCAGAUGGGGCCGAUCAGAUACCACCCCCCCACACCUUCCUGUACAUAAAGAAACAGCUGGGGGGAGGGGAGAGAAUCCCACCCCGGCAGAGCCGUCUCUUCCAGGCCUGCCCGCCCCUGAGUUCCUAGGGGGUCACCUCCCUUUCCGACACACACACUCGCACAUUGGAGAUUCCCUGUCCCGCCUUUCAAUGGAUCCAAUGACUGUUAUGUGGCAACUGCGCCCUGGGACCCGCCUUGGGCUCCGUCUCCAGGGAGAGGCCCUGGCUGUGCAUCUGGGGAGGUUUGGUGGCCAGGGGGGAAGGGCCGCCCGGCUCUCUUUCCUCGCUGCAGCCUGAUCCUGCCGGAGCCUCUCUCUACCAAGGGGGCAGUGGUUCGGAGAACAGCAGGGCUGGCUUUCAGCCAAGCUAAUGAAUUCAGUGGGUCUGAGGCCGGGCCCAGGUGUCAGCCGUGGUACUCCAUCUCAAAGCCCUGGAGAUGUUGCUUUCCUCUUCUUGGCGCUGGCCCCGACAAGAUCUGAAGAUCGGGGUUUCCUUUACGCCACUCUCACCGCUGUUGUUUAUCUCCCUGGGCCCCCGGGAGGUUGCGUCCUGGGGGGACCGUACUCACCACAGCUCUCCUUCCCCAGCCUGCUCCCUGGCUCUGAAGAGCUGUUGCCAGGGUGAGGAGGAAGGCAAACUGUGGAGGGCAGUGCACCUCAGUCAUUUAAACUUCAGCCUCCUUGCCUAGGUUCUGGGAGGGCACCUCCUUCGGGUGGCAUUCCUUCACGCUGACCAAGGCGUACGACUCAGCGGGGAGACUAGGAACAGGCCUGGGUGAAGACAGAGAACUCAGGAAGCAAGUGGGAGUCGAAGAGGAGAGGGUCACGAAAAGACCCUCAAAGGUGGGGGUGUCCAUGGGGGCCGCCCCUGGGCUCCCCUGUGUUGGUGGGGAGGAGUGGAUAGUGGUCAUCCGCAAGCUGAGGCUCUGAGGGGCUGAGGACCUUGUCUCGAGCCCAGCUGGAAGCUCCGUUUCCGUGGCGGGGUCAGAGGCAGGCAUUCUCUAAAUCUUGCCCGAUCCCUCUGUCCUCCGCUAGCCCGUGAGCUGAAGCCCUGCUGUGUGUCCCAGGGUCUUCAAAGGGACAUGCUGUCGCCACCCCAGGGCGCUGGCCCCAUGUGCUGUCCCCCACCACUCCUUCCCUGAUGUGCUUCCGUGUGCAUGUCUGUGUACAAAACCCCUGCCCGCCCAGCUCCCCUGGCUAAUGUUUUCCCAGCUGACUUAGUGCCCAGGGAGUGAGCUCACGUUUGCAGCCGGAGAAGAUAACCCUCGGCCUUGAGGCUCGCCCCUGAUGCUUCUCACUUCAUCUGAGCCAUCAGAGCCUCUCCUCUCCCCUCUUCCUCCAGCCUGGCCAGGCCCGCACCGCCCGGGGCGUGGCCUCCACCUAUGCAACAUCUCCUCUGGCUCCCCUGCUCCCCUUCCCUGGGGAGUUGGCGGGGGCACAGAUUGUGGGGACACCAUGGCCUGUGGCGCAUUGGGGUUGAGCUUAACUUUCAGGUGGAGAUGGCUGAGUGAGAAGGGGAGGAGGCCGGAGAAGGGGAGGCUUGGGCAGGAGGGGACAGCUGCCCACUAGGUUUCCCUGGGCAGCAGUGCCCACCUACCUGUCAGCACUGUGCUCUUCAGGGGCCUGGGGGUUGGAGUGCCCCUCUUUCCUUUGAAUGGAUGUCUGCGAGGUACAGGUGGCAAGCUGUGGCCUUGGCACCCAGUUCUUGGCCAGCUGGCACCCGGAUGUCACACCCUUGUCUGGGGCAUCCUGGCCACCUCAUGGCUCUGGGGAAGGGAGGAACUCAGCUCCCUGCCUCAGGCAGAUGCCUGAGACAGAGCCUGAGCUGGGAGGAAGGGAGACGGGAGGGGCUGUGAUUAUUUUUGCCUGUAUUGACCAUUUCUGCCUAGGUCUUCUCACACUGACAGCCUCACACCUCCCACAUAUGCACAGACUUAGAGAAACCAAGUCUUUGGUCUAUUUUCUUGGUAGCUUUAUUGAUUGCCAGGGAAAACGAAAACCAGAAAAAUUAAUCUCUAAAAUUAAACUUUACACUGAAUGUUCUUGUUUCUCUAAUUAGAACCUCUGCUAGCAGCUGUGGCUAUGUACACUCUCACACUCACACACACCCUCACACCUAUAAGUUUGCACUCCGGAACUGUCAGAGGGUGUCAGGCACAGACAGACUUGAAGUUGCCCAGACAGGUACACACGUGCGGUCACUCCCAAGCCCCCUUUGGUGCUCUGCUCCGUGCCUGCUUGUUGGAAGGAGUCCCUGGAAAGCGCUCCUAGGCUGUGGUUGCAGCCUGUGACCCACCCUUUGCAAACCGGGCUGGGGGUUUGGUCUGCAGAGGAUGGGCCCUGGGGCUCAGCCUGAAUCCAUCAGGAGAUCCUCUCAUGGCCUCAUGGGGAGAUGUGAUUCCUGUGGGUGUGGCCCCAGGGCGGGCGGUCAUAGUGAUGGGGACUCCUGGAGGAUGCCUGGAGGGUUUCAUGUGUCCUGGGACAAGGGUUUGUGGGGUGGGCUGGGCCUGGCUGGGGAGAAGACAGGUCUCUGUCAACUGGGUGCAUCACACUGUGGCCUUUCUGUAGUGGAUUUCCAAGCGCAAAGAUUGUAUAAAUCAAACUGGUGGAUAAUAAAGUUGCGGAUGACUCACUGA